AUGUUGUAUUCUAGAAUAAAGCAGCAACGUGAAUGGGUGACAAUAGAUGGAAUGAGUCAAGCCCUAGCUAUGAUAUACACAAUAGAAAAAAUUAACAAUUCGUCAUUGUUACCAGGGAUCACUUUGGGCUAUGAAAUUUAUGACUCGUGCGGUGAUGUUUUGAAAGCCACUCAAGCAACAUUGAGAUUAAUUCCAGAGACUGUUAGAAACAACUUUACUGAGAGUGGCAAAGCAGAGAUGAUACCUACUGUCAAAGCUAUAAUUGGAGCACAGUACUCAGACAUUUCUAUUGCAAUUUCCAGAAUUCUUAGCCUCAAUUUUAUUCCCCAGAUAAGUCAUGCAUCAAGUGAGGAUCUACUUAGCGACAUGGUAAAAUUUUCAACUUUUUUGCGGACUGUUCCAAGUGAUAUACAUAAGAUGGAAGCAAUUGCUAAACUGAUCAAAGCAUUGGAUUGGAACUGGAUUGGAGUCAUUUCAAGUAAUAGUGUCCAUGGGGAGUCUGCGUUACAUUUCCUGAACACUUUUCUUGAACAGCAAAGGAUAUGUGUGAAUUUUUCUAAAUCCUUGCCUUUGUAUGUUGAUGAUCCUUCACUGGAUGAAAAACUUAAUGAUAUUAUUGAUACCAUUAACCGUUCUACUGCAAAUGUAGUGGUUGUUUUUGCAAAAGUACCGAUUGUCAAAAAACUUUUUGAAAAAGCUAUCAGUAGGAAUAUAAACAGGACCUGGAUUUCAGGUGACAGCAGGAUUUAUUCCAAAGAAAUUUCAAAUAUUAAAAACAUUGAGAAAGUUGGUACAAUUUUAGGAUUCAGUAUAAAGGUCGGUGCCAUUCCAGGAUUUAAUGAAUAUUUGGAAAACCUACAGCCACCAGAAUAUGGAACAAUAAAUAACUUUCUUAAAGAGUAUAAGGAAUUACGAUUUGGAUGUUCUGACCAGUACAGAAAAUAUAUUGAAUGCAUUAAUUCAUCUUCAACAAACUGUGGAUACAAUGAUUCUGUGCUGCAGAAAUCCCCUUUAGCAUGCAGAUUGGACAAUGUAUCUACUGCCAAUGAUGACUAUUUAUCGAAGAAUUUUGAUUGCAAUUUAGCAUAUACCACAGCUCUGGCUGUAACGGCUGCAGCUCAAGCUCUAAAACAUAUUGUGUGCAAAAAUAUAACUUGUGAAAAGGAUAUGAUCGUGUCACCACGUCAGCUGCUUAAUAGAUUAUUUAAUGGCACGUUUGUCUACAAUGGUGAACAAUUUAAAUUUGAUCAGUUUGGCAACAUCUCUACAAGUGAACUCGAUAUAAUAAACUGGAAAAGAGUGAAUGCCUCCACACAGUUUAUUAUUGUUGGAAAUUAUAAUAUAAAUAAAAGUACUGUAACUGUAAACAGAGAUCUAGUGUUGUGGAACACACAAGACAAAGAGGUACCUUUUUCAAAUUGCUCCAAAUCUUGUCCAAAGGGGUAUUCCAAAAGUUCUUGCGAUCACAGUUGCUGUCAUGAGUGUGUUCCUUGUCCGGAAGGGUUCUAUGCGAAUGCAACUGAUAUGGAUGAAUGUUUGAAAUGUCCUCCAAAAACGUGGUCACAUAGUCAAAGCUCUACUUGUGAGGAGAGGACAAUCGAGUAUUUUCCAUGGGAAAAUCCAUUAGCUAUUGCUCUUAUGGCUUUGGCUUCAUUUGGCUUUUUAUUACUUUUAAUUACAGGCUUCUUGUUUAGGAAGUAUAAAGAUACCCCCGCAGUUAAGGCAGCGGGGGGAAAUUAUAGUUAUCUAAUGAUAACAUCUUUAUUAUUUAGCCUGGCAAGCAUCUUUUUUUUUAUUGGUAAACCAAGUAAUACAAUCUGUCAGAUCAGACAACCUCUCUAUGGUAUCAGCUUCACCCUCUGUGUAUCUUGCAUAUUGAUCAAAUCUUUACGAAUAAUUUUAGCAUUUGAGUUUGCCAAAAGAUUCAAACAUUUACCUAAAGUAGCUUAUAAGCCAAUAAUUAUUAUUACUGUGCUAACCAGUUUGCAAAUUAGUAUUUGUAUAUUAUGGCUGAUAUAUCAGCAACCAACAUACACAGAAAAAUACGAUAUACCUCAAAUUGUACGAUUGCAGUGUAAUGAAGGAUCCUAUGUUUACUUUGGUAUCAUGUUGGCAUAUAUUGGAUUCCUUGCAUUGAAUUGUUUCAUAUUAGCUUAUAAAGGUAGAAAACUACCAGAGAAAUAUAAUGAGGCCAGUCGUAUCACAUUCAGCAUGCUUAUAUACAUGUUUGUAUGGAUUAUUUUCAUUCCAGUCUACAUGAAAACCAAAAGCAGGUAUCGUUCAGCUGUGCAAGCUGUUGCAAUAUUCGCUUCUGUAUAUGGAGUGAUUUCCUGCCAUCUUUUAUCUGUGUGUUAUAUCAUAUUAUUCAAAAGGAAAAUCAACAACAGACAAAAAUAUCUACAAAGUAUCAAGUCAUAUUCCAGUGUCCAAAAAGCAACUUUAAAUGGUACACCACUUUAUCUUCAUCCAGGGACUGAGAGAACAACUUUUACACAGCUAAAAUCAAAGGGUUUGCACAAUUCAGCUUCAUCCUAUGGCAUUAAAGAAGAUGCUUCAGCUUAUAUGGAUGGGGAUAUCAUGAUAGGAGGCAUCUUUCCAAUUCACAAUGAGGUUUCGAAUUUACUAAACCGCACUAAUUCUGAUGACUAUAUUUGUACUGGCUUAAACGAAGACAUGGUUGUUAAUGCCUUUGCUAUGAUGUAUUCUAUUGAAGAGAUUAAUAAUUCCACUCUCUUGCCUGGGAUUAAAUUGGGUUAUGCAAUCUAUGACUCGUGUUCUGAUGUCUCCAAAGCCAUUCAGUCAACAAUAAAACUAUUUCCAGAAUUGAACUCACUGUACAACUCUCCAAAAUGCAGCUCUGAAAUAAUGCCUACUGUGAAAGCAGUCGUAGGAGAAAUGAAUUCAGAAAUUUCUAUUGCAAUUUCUCGCAUUCUCAGUCUUCACUCUAUACCUCAGAGCUCCUGUUCUAAAUUUACUGAGAUCCAUUUCUGUCUAGUGCUAAGAGAGAAAGGGAACCUGCGCUUUGUGAGAAUGAGGUAA